AACGUAGAACAACGCGGGGGAAAGCGUUAGAAUGUUAAGUACGCAAGAUUGUGUUUCGCUUCGCGAACAAUGCAAUGCGAUAGACACGCGUAUGAGGGGAUAUUUGGAAUAUAAAUGUUCGUAGAAGAGACGUCAAAGCGAUCGUUGUGCGUUACAGAAAGAAAACGAAGAUGCGGCUGUCGAUGGUGGUCGAACUGUUGCUGAUUCUUCUUCUGGUCGCGUUCGCCGCUUAUGGCAGGGUGAUCGAACGCGAUGGAAAAACGGAGGAGAGAUCAAUCGGAAAUGCGAGCGAGGAUAACCUUGGAAUAUCAACGUUGUCGUUGAAACAGGCGACCGACGAUGUGAACAGAUAUUGCACCUGCAACGAGAACAUAUGUAAUUGUUGCAGAGACUUCCAUAUACCUUUGGUGCAAUUACAAGGACCAGGAUGCGCAUCUCUGCAAUACAUACAAGGAGACAAUUUGGCGGUGCAACUUAGCUUCGGAGAUAACAUCUUAACCAGCACCAUCGUGAAUGGAAAAAAUCCGAAACCCGUGUGCGUCCCGUUACCAGGAGGAUUUACGAAAUUCUGCGGUAGAAUUUAUUCCAUUAAACGGGAUGCCAAGAAUCAUUUCAAAGCCUGCCUUGGACUGGAGUUGCAAUCAUCGACCGAACUCGAAGCUAGUUUACGCGUCAGCUGCUUCAGAUUUGGGCCUGACGGUCUCAAGUUACGGCCAGCGGAACCGCUUCCUGUAGUGGAGACCGAGGUCCCGGACGAAGACGACGACGACGAUUUCUUCGGCCUGGACUCGGACGAGGAUGAGGAAGACGACGACUCCGAGGACGACACGCCGUUGGCCAACGCUGUCCCAGAUUCCUCAGAUUCGGCUGAAGAGGACGAGGACGAGGACGAGGACGAGGAUGUCCUCGGGUUCGGGGCACUUUUGGAUAUUAUUACCGGCGAGGACGAAACCGCGACGAAGAGACCGAAAGUAACCACGCCCGCGCCUCUUCUCCAAUUUACGAUCCCCAUUUUAACCAAGCCGACGGCUUCGUCUGUUUCUAAUUCCAACGUUGGAGGAAACGUGGUCGCGAGCACCAACUCGGAAGAAUUGCCGAACGCGGAUGAAGAGAGCGUUAAUAACGAAGCGGAUGACGAGUCCGUGGACACCGACACCACGAUUAAAGAGGCAACCGUGACGGAGCCCUCGAAUAAGAUAGCGAAGCCGGAUAAGGCACCGACGAAGAAAUUCACGGUGUCGGAUAUAAGUACGAAGAAGCCGAGCGUUACGAGUUCCAGCAUCAACGCGAUCGAGAACGAGGCGAAUAAGAAGAGGAAACCUUUGAGGAAACCGGUGAAGGGCGGCGAAGAGGAUGAGGACGAUGAUAUCCUAGGGGAUAGCUUGGACGACGACGACGACGACGACGACGACGAGGAGAUUUUGAGCGACGACGAGGACGAGGAUGAGAAGAAUAGCGAAGAGGAAGAGGAUGAGAAGAACGAUGAGAGCGAGAAUCACGAGGACGAGGACGAGAAAGCUGAACUCGAAGAUUUGGAUGAUGACGAUGACGAGGAAGAGGAUGCGGUAAUCAGCGCGCUGGUUUAUGAUGAUAAAGAAGAUGGGAAGAAGAAAGGCAAGGUGAAGAAACACGAUCAGUCGUCCGAAGCGGACGAUGAUGACUCGGAUUACGGAUUGGGCCUCACCGGGCUUCUAGCGAGAAACAGAAAUUCGAGAAAUAAUCGUCAGAGCAAAGAAAUGAGAUUUCCUAUGGUUGAAAAUUCAACUCUCAUCGUAGAGUCGUAGAAUAAUUAAAGAUUAUUGUGUGACGAUGUUUUUUUCAAAAAAAGAAAAAAAAAAAGAGAAAAAAGAGAUCUAUUGACUUUUUGAGCAACGUUUAAUUACUUAACAUUUGUUGAACGUUUUGCUAUAAAUCAAUGAAUUAUCGUUGAUAUCACGAAGCGUGUAUGGAGACUGAUAACUUCUUCCUUUCAUUUUUCUCUUCUUUAUCGAAUAUAUUAUUUAUAAGCGUAUAAAGAUGGUUCAAAUAAUGAUUAAGAUAAAUUUUCUUAUCUAAUUUGAAAUAAAAAUAAAGUUGAAAAGAUAUCUCAUCAAAUCUGAUAAAAUAUUAAUUUUUAUUAACUUUAAUAUAUAUAUUUUUUUUUAUACGAUAAAAUAUUAUGAUAAAAUAUCAUAUAAAAAUAUAAAACGAAUCAUUUAUUAUGUCAGUCAAGAGGAAUUGUGCAUAACAUAAGCCAUAUAAAUUUGUGCAAAUAAUGUAAUACUUUUUAAUUAAAUCACUCUUGCUACAUCUUCAAUAUUACUUUCUUUCAAAAGUUUAUUGAUGAUCAUCUCAAUUUAAUUUUAGUCUUCGAUCUGAAUCGUUGGACAUUAUUGAACCUUUCUUUUUCUUUCCUCCUCUUUCUUAAAAUC